UGCUGGGGAAAAGUCUGCCAGGUACAGUCCACAAACAUCCAUCUGGUUUUUCCAUGUUUUCCCUCAAAUAACAUAAUUUAUGUUUAUCGAGGAUAGUAAUAUCUUCAAUGUCGGUAACUUUGUUCCACUUGAACGCUAAACAGUUAACACCAUCUCUUCUUUGAUUGUUGUUUGCUUAAUUAAGCUCAAAGAUCUUUGAGAUCGAGAGAGGGUGCUUGAGCAAAGCAGAGCAGUGAAGGGAAAUGAAAUUUAUUUGGAGGCUAUGGUCUCUUAACAAGCACAACCAUUGGUUAUUCAAGUUAGCAGUUGCCAUUCUCUUGGUGGGUCUUGCUUUUAGGCUCUUCUUCUAUCAAUCUACCAGAUUUGAACCCAAUUUCGAUGACUCUUUUGUUGACAAAACUGAAGUGCCAAAGCCACCACCAAUUUCUGUUAAUAUUCCGAAGCCACCUGCUUCUGUUGAUAUUUCAAAUCCACCUGCUUCUGUUGACAUUCCAAAUCCACCUGCUUCUGUUGGUGUGCCAGAACCUGAAGAUGAGGAGGCGCCCAAUAAUGAACUUUAUACAGGUGAGUGUGAUCUUUUUAUUGGAGAUUGGAUUCCCAGCCCGUCAGGCCCGAUUUACACAAAUGCUAGCUGCCCUUUGAUUGAAGGUCACCAGAAUUGUAUUAGGAAUGGGCGACCGGAUUCAGGUUAUCUAUUCUGGAGGUGGAAUCCACGAGAUUGUGAAUUACCUCAAUUUGAUCCACAAAGAUUUCUUGAGUUAAUGAGGAAUAAAACAUGGGCAUUGAUCGGUGAUUCAAUAUCUCGCAACCAUGUGCAGUCAUUGCUGUGCAUGCUCUCCCCAGUUGAGCAAGCUGUUGAAGUUUAUCAUGACGAGGAAUACAAAUCAAAAAGAUGGCACUUUCCUUACUACAACUUCACCAUGUCAAAUGUUUGGUCCCCUUUCCUCGUUGAGGCAGCAAUCUUUGAAGAUAAUGAUGGUGUUUCAACAGCUGAAGUUCAGCUGCAGCUUGACAAACUUGAUAAAAAUUGGACAAAUUUGUAUGGGAAUUUGGAUUACGCCAUUAUCUCAACUGGAAAAUGGUUCCUUAAAGCUGCAAUCUAUCAUGAGAAUGACACAGUAGUGGGCUGCCAUAUAUGUCCUGGAAAGAACUUUACAGAGAAGGGAUUUGUCUUUGCUUAUGAGAAAGCCCUCCAUUAUGUGAUGGACUUCAUUGCAACAUCCAAGCACAAAGGGUUGAUCUUUUUUAGGACAUCAACUCCUGAUCAUUUUGAGAAUGGAGAAUGGCAUAAUGGAGGAACUUGUCCAAAAACAACACCUGCUAAAGAGGGUGAGAUGGAAAUGAAGGACUUGAACAGGAUUCUGCGUGAAACUGAAUUAGCAGAGUUUGAGAAGGCAUCAGCAAAAGCUGCUGAAAACGGAGUAAAUCUUAAACUUCUUGACUUCACAAAUCUUUUAGUAUCAAGGCCUGAUGGUCAUCCAGGCCCAUACAGACAGUUCCAUCCAUUUGCUGAGGACAAAAAUGCCACAGUUCAGAAUGAUUGUCUACAUUGGUGCUUGCCUGGGCCAAUUGACUACUGGAAUGAUGUGAUAAUGGAGAUGGUAGUUAAUAGUUGAGAAAAUCAGCAAGAGGACUAAACCUGCUGCAUUUUUAUCCUAUAAUUUUCAAUUAUACGAAUAUUGUUGAUGAUUCUCAAUGGAAGUCACAGAUGAAUGGCAGCUUGCUAGUUUCUAGCCUGUACAUAAUGGCACCGGUACCAGCA